AAUGCUCAAAAUCUUUCGUCACAUUCAUUGUACGGCGCCCACCACAGCAGCUGGAAGAGUUUGGGGCUCCGCCGCCGGAGUUCGAGCAGCUUCAGAGUUCAAGUAUCGUCUUCUUGCUUCUCUCUUCUGCGAAUCAGGGCUUUAUCUUUCUUCAACGAGAAAAUCAGUAUCCAUGAACGUGUAUGCUAUGCCUCCAUUUGCCACAGCACCGAAAAUUGAUUCCAGAUUGAGUUAGCUUCUUCACACAACCUGCAGGGGACUUCAUUUAUAAGAAGUUUUGUUUCAGAAGACAGCACGUUGGGAACCAUUCUUUGGCAAUUGAUCAAGCCAUCAAGGUUCAAUGUGCACUAUGCAUGUCACUUUUCUCUUGGAGAAUGCUUGAGUACAUCAAUUAAUCCAAACUUAUUUUCCCUUCCCCUACUUGCUACGUUGGGGGAAAAUUUUCCUAAGCAACGUUGAUUUUUGUUAGAAAAGAUCUCAUCCAUUGUCCUUUGGUGAAAUAGAUCUACUGCUUAUACAAUCUAGGAAGCAAUGAAAAAGAUCUCAUUUCGUCAAUUUUCAGCCUUAAUUGAUCCAUUAGUUGGAAAUCACAUUUCUGUCGAAUCCUCAAUUCCUCAGAAACUGCGUAUGAGAGUUUCAAGCCCAUUCCCUAUCCCUCAUCGAACAAUUCCUGAACCCAAAGGACAGGAUCUUGAUUUUGUAAAUGUAGCUCACAGCCAUCUAAUUCACUCAGACUGGGCCAAACUUGACUUAUUAUCAUCUGGUCUAACAGGUUUCAGGGUUAAACAUAUUCUGCUAAAAAUUCAAAAGGACCAUGUACUUUCCCUGGAGUUUUUCAAUUGGGUUAAAAGUAAAAAAUCCGAUUCGCUUACCCUUGAAACCUAUUCUAUACUUAUCCAUAUUCUCACCAAAAAUCACAAAUUUAAAUUUGCUGAAUCACUUUUGCGCAAUAUUCUUGCUUCAGACGCCAUAGAUUUGCCUUCAAGACUAUUUGAAGCAUUACUCUAUUCCUACCGUAUAUGCGAUUCUUCACCUAGGGCUUUUGACUCUCUUUUCAAGACUUUUGCUCAUAUGAAGAAGUGCAGAAAUGCAACUGACACUUUUUGCUGGAUGAAGGAAUAUGGGUUUUUCCCUACUGUUGAGUCAUGCAAUGCAUAUUUAAGCUCUUUGCUUGAAUUGCAUAGAGCAGAUAUAGUUUUGUCCUUCUACAAUGCAAUGCUUUGUAACCGCAUUUCACCAAAUGUUUAUACAGUCAAUAUGGUCAUGUGUGCUUAUUGUAAAUCGGGAAAGCUACGGGAGGCUGUUGAAAUGUUAGAGACAAUGAAGAGCAGGGGUUUAAGUCCAAAUAUUGUUUCAUAUAAUGUACUGAUUUCAGGAUACUGUAACAAGGGUCUUCUAGUUUUGGCCAUGAAGAUUAAAUCCUUGAUGGAGAAGAAUGGGGUCCAGCCUGGAGCGAUCACAUUUAACACACUUAUUAAUGGAUUUUGCAAGGAGGGUAAACGACAUGAAGCAAAUAAGAUUUUCACUGAGAUGAAGGCCAAUAAUGUAUCUCCCACUAUUGUAACCUAUAAUACUUUGAUGAAGGGAUAUAGUCAAGUUGGUGACAUUGAGAUGAGCAGUCGACUUUAUGAGGAAAUGUCAAGAAAUCAGGUUAAACCUGAUAUUUUGACUUAUAAUUCUUUGAUUUUGGGAUUAUGCAAGGAAGGCAAAACAAAGAAAGCUGCAUAUCUAGUUAAGGACCUCGAGAAGGAGAAGUUGGUCCCAAAUGCUUCUACCUUUUCUGCUCUUAUUACUGGGCAGUGUAUGAAAAAGAACUCAGAGCGUGCCUUUCAACUCUAUAAAAGCAUGAUAAGGAGUAAUUGCCAUCCAAAUGAGCACACUUUCCAAAUGUUGAUAUCUACCUUCUGCAAAAAUGAAGAUUUUGAUGGAGCCAUCCAAGUCAUGAGAGACAUGAUGGGGAGAUGUAUGAUUCCUGAUUCUACUAUUUUGUCUGAGGUCUGUAGUGGACUCUACAAGCGUGGAAAAAGUAGAUUUGCAUCAAAAUUAUGUGAUGACUUGGAAGCCAAGCAUCUAUUGCCCAGAGGGUUUGACAAAGUGAAAAUUAUGAACACCCCUGUAGAGAAUGAUUGAGAUUGUGAGUUUAUAUGCUAUAAGCCUGUAUGUUUUAUGACUCUUGAAGCUGCCCAUUACAUGGAUAUCUGAGGGGUCAACAUCUCUUACAGUGCAUGCUUCAAUGUCAGAAAUGUUCGUUGAGUCAUAUACAAUCUUAUUCUGGUAAAGAAUAAUUCCCAUAUUAUUCUUUAGCUGAUAUUUUUUUCUUACGAUGAAUGGGGAGGCAUGUAUUGUGACAUAUGGAAAUUAUCAUGCCUUUUCCUUCAUCAGUUCGUCCUCCAUUUUUCUUCGAGUAGAGGAGUCAAUGGACCAAAAGAUCAGUGGUUUUGCUCGAGGUGAAUUCUAGUACAGUUGAAAGUGAUUCCCUUUCGGGCCUUGCCAAUUGGCGACAACGCUUGAACUAGUUUAGUAGCAAACUCAGACCCUCUCAGCAGUCACAAAUUGAUUCAUAUAAAAUACAAUUAAAGAGAUGGGUGGGGAAAAGUGUAAAGAGAAGCAACUUUCACAAACGGUCCUGCUAUCUUGAGUCCCCCCUUCUUGAAUGUAUAACGUACAUCUACAGUGAAUCUAAUAUGACUUAUCAGCCCUGCGGCCUCCCCAGCUGCCGUAAACUGGAGGUUGCUGAUAAAGUUGCUAAUGGGUGCAGGCGUCUUUAUACGAUCCUUUAUUGUUUGUAGGCGUCCCUUUGUUUUUUGGUGCAUAUGGAAGGCGUCUUUUAGCCUUUUUAUGAUGUAGCAUUGUUAUAUUAUUUACAGAUAGCUUCACUUUCAACACGCAGUUCUUGGAAGUUAACUGUUCAUUGUCUGUAAAUAAACAGAGGAUAGGAACUUGUUCAAAUAAUAAAUUAAUUUGUAAAA